CGGCAAAAAAAUAAUGAAAGCAGUCAUCAAUCAGUUCUGAAAUUCUGACAGAUUUCCAAUUUCAUUCCCUUAUAAAAAUAAAAAAUCUUGCAUAAAAAAAUAAUAUUACAAAAUAUACUUGCGUUACAGUUGUGGACAAAAAUUAACAUAAAUCUGAUUACAAAAAGUCUCAUCUCUUUUCGUCUAUUUUAAUUAUAACCUUAACGUUUUAGGGGAGUCGCAAUCAGCCGGUUGUUAUAAAUAACUGACUGAACAAGAUUUGCAAAGCUUAGAACAAGACAACAAGUACUCGCCAGAUAAAAUGGCAUUUCAAAGAUGUGUACUACAACUCUCAAGACAAUACAUAACAAAGAACUGCUUACUCCAGUCAGCUAACAAACAGAAGUGCAAUAAUAGUUGCGCUCAAUUCAACCGAAAAUACAGUACUAAACUACCAAGACUGUAUUCCGACAGACAUGAAUGGGUUGUAAUAGACAAAGAAAUUGGCACUGUAGGCAUUAGCAAGUACGCACAAGAAUCUCUAGGUGACAUUGUGUUUGCACAGUUACCGGAACCAGAAUCAAUGGUGCAUGAAGGCGAAGAAUGUGGUGCCCUGGAGAGUGUGAAAGCAGCUAGUGAAAUAUACUCACCAGUAAGCGGUAUUAUUACUGAAAAGAAUACUGAAGUAGAAAGUAAACCUGGGCUUAUAAACACUAACUACUAUGACAAAGGCUGGUUAUUUAAAGUUCAAAUGACUGAUGCAGAGGAACUACAAAACUUAAUGACAGAAGAACAAUAUAAUAAAUUCCUAGAAAUGGAUGCUGAAAAUAAAGAGAAAGGUGAAAAAGAGAAGGGAGUAGACACAUAGUUCUUUAUUUGAAAAUUUUGUUUUAUUUAUUAACUGUUACUAGAGAAAAUAGUGUUUUGUUAUGUUUUAGUGCAAUAAUGAAUUAUUGUUAC